UCGAAUCCGUAGUGUGUCUCUGUUGUGAAAUCUGUGUCUGUGGUGUUUGUCGUCGUCAGCCGCUGGCCGUUGUUUAUUGCUAGUCUUGUCAACAGUCAGUGUUCAUACCGCCGCCGCUCACGUUUUCCGCCGCCGUCGCUGCAUGCAUUCGUUCGCUUUGCAUAUCCCACCUAGAGAAAAAAAACGUUGAAAUUAAAAAUAAAAACAAACAAAAAAUCAGCCCAAGAAGAAAAAGUUCUAUGGUUUACUUUGAUUUUUAAUUACAUUUCAAAUUUGGCUAAAGCUCUAAUCACAAUAAACAAACAAGCAGUCGAGGAGGGAAACACAUCCCCCCGCAAAAUAAAACAGUGAAGAAAUAUUACAAGUUAGCCUAACGCGCUCACAGCGCUUAGUUUAGUUGGUCUUAAGCGUAAGCUAAGCCAAGCUCGUGUUAACUGUUCGCUUAAAACUAAACAAAAAUCCCGCGUGAAAAUUUUCUUUAAGAAAAUAAUAAUUAACAAAUAUUUAAUGGAAAACGGAAUACACUAUUGAAACCCUAUAACAUCAGCAACACACAGCAUUGGAAAAAAAUUCUACAAUUUUCCUCUGGUACAAUUCACAUAGAAAAGUGUGUUUGUGUGGGAUAGAGUAUCCCUUAAAAGUCUUUAAUCAAAACAAUAUUGAUUGAAAAGAAAAACGAAUUUAAAAAUUGCAAAAAAAUAUAUAUUGAGUGCUAAAGUGCAGUGUUUUGUGUAUCGAAGACCAUUUGGAACCAUCCUGCUAUCGAUUUUGGAAUAUAUUCACUAAACACGCAACUACUCGGAGAAGCACUAUUGUUGUGCUUUAAGCUCUAUUGGUUCAUUUCUUCAUUUAGCCUUGCCUUGUAUACGGCCUCAAAGUGGCUCUACACUCAACAGAAGCCUUAAUGGCUGCCGGCUUUUUAAAAUCUGGCGAUUUGGGCCCCCAUCCGCACAGCUACGGUGGGCCACAUCCGCAUCAUUCUGUGCCCCAUGGACCGUUACCGCCGGGCAUGCCUAUGCCAUCAUUGGGACCCUUUGGUUUACCCCAUGGCCUAGAGGCUGUGGGGUUCUCCCAAGGUAUGUGGGGUGUUAACACCCGUAAACAGAGACGUGAACGAACCACAUUCACACGAGCCCAGUUGGAUGUAUUGGAAUCAUUGUUUGGCAAAACACGUUAUCCUGAUAUCUUUAUGCGCGAGGAAGUUGCACUGAAAAUCAAUUUACCCGAAUCCAGAGUACAGGUUUGGUUCAAAAAUCGCCGUGCCAAAUGCCGCCAGCAAUUGCAACAACAGCAACAAUCCAACAGCCUAAGCAACUCGAAAUCGGUAAAUUCCGGUUCCGCCUCGUGUUCAUCAUCUUCGUCGUCUCGCAAUACAUCGAAUAGUGCCGGCAGCAAUUCCAAUUCAACGAAUUCCUCCUCCUCCAAAUCGGCAAACAGCCAUCACUCCUCCUCAUCGUCAUCCGCCAGUCACAGCAAUAAUGCCAACAAAUCCGGUGGCAGUAGUUCGUCCAAUCACAAUUCUGCGGGCGCGGGGGGUAGCUCAUCGGCGGCCGCUGCUGCAGCAGCUGCUGUAGCACAAUCGAUCAAAUCGCAUCACAGUUCCUUCCUCAACUCGUCAAGUUCCACCUCCGCCGUUACCCCAACCAGCUCAUCAGCCGGUGGCCAUAUGCAUCACAUGAGUGGCAAUGCGCACGGAACGGGCUCCUCCAGUGCGGUGGGUCUUAAUACAUCGGGUGGGGCAGCCCAUCACAAUUCGUCACCCCUGCUACCCACACCUGCCACCUCAGUGAGUCCUGUGAGUAUUGUAUGCAAAAAGGAACACAUUGGCUCCAGCGGUUAUCCAGUGGCAAAUCCCGAUGCUCUUAGGGCAGCCUCCUAUGACACCCUGAAGGAGUCGGGUGGUGACAUUAGCACCAGCUCUCACCAUCACAGCAUCUAUGGAACGGCAGCCUCCGCAAAUCCACGCCUGCUGCAACCGGGUGGCAACAUUACCCCCAUGGACUCUAAUUCGAGCAUAACUACGCCCUCACCACCCAUAACGCCGAUGUCACCCCAAUCGGCCGCAGCAGCCCAUGCCGCGCAGUCAGCCCAAUCCGCCCACCAUUCAGCUGCCCAUUCAGCGGCCUACAUGUCCAACCAUGACUCCUAUAACUUCUGGCACAACCAAUAUCAGCAAUACCCCAACAACUAUGCCCAGGCGCCCAGCUACUACUCGCAAAUGGAGUACUUCAGCAAUCAGAACCAGGUGAACUACAACAUGGGCCACUCGGGCUAUUCAGCAGCCUCGAAUUUCGGCCUCUCCCCCAGUCCAUCGUUUACGGGCACCGUCUCGGCCCAGGCCUUCUCCCAGAACAGUCUAGACUACAUGACACCUCAGGACAAGUACGUUAACAUGGUGUAGAAUCUGCUGAUGCAGUAUUGCGGUGGCAAAUCUGAGGAAGAUGCCAAUGCCGAUGCCGGCUCCCUGUUGAGUGAUCACAAGAACCUUGGCGACUAUGCCUAGUUUUCCCAAAAAAGUGUCUGUCUGAUCGAACAUCGAAGUGAAGCCACACAUCAUAAAAACAAAAAUCCAAAACAUAUCGCCUGAUCAUUUGUGGCCGUAUGGCAACUCUGCGGCAGCAACUUUCCAUCCCUGAAGAGAUCGCUACAACUGUUUAGAAUAAUUCAAUGAAUACGACCAGGAUGGAGAGGCAUUGCAACAAAUUUCUGUAAAUAAAAUUAAAAUUGGAUGAAUAGUUUCUUUCCGUUUUUUACAAGUUAAACAACAGCCAAUGUCAACGAAAAAUCGAGUGAUAAACCAGCAAACAAAAUAAAACACUAUAACCAGCAGCAACCACAAGUCAUAAAACAAACAAACAAACAAACAUAUACAUAUGUACGUAUUAUAUAAGAAUUUAAAAUUUAGAAAAUUCCCCUCGAAUUUUUUUUGUUUUCAAAAUCCACUUCUCGUCCUAUGUUUCAAACAUUCCCAGAACACAAAAAAAAACACAUUCAGUAUUCUCCUAACAUUCCAAGGGAUUUAAAGCUCUCCUAAAUAAGAACAAAAACAAAGUUAUACUUCAACAAAAUAUAUGUAAUUUUUUUUAAUUAAUUGGUUUAAUAUGUUCACGCUUUCACUCACUACUACUGGUUUUAAGUAAAGCACCCUUCUGGUAUGUAAAUGAGAAUUUAUCUGCCCCUUCCGCUCUCUCUCUCUCUCUACAGCUCCCGACCCCCGUUAAACAAAACAGAAAAAUACACAAAACAAAGUCCUUUGAAUUGUACUUCAUAUCAUUAUUAUUAAAUCCUGGCAAAGGAAAUUAAACAAAAGGAAAAUCACUUUAGCUGUAGGUAUUGUAAAAUAGUUAAGAAAAACAACAACAACAACCCACUUUAAAUGUAAAUGAUUUAGCAAAUAAAAGAAAAAAAAACAAAA